CCAGAAGAAGUUUGAAUUCCAUUGAUAUUUCAUCUGCCAAUACCAUUACUCACUCACAAAAUCGUGCUCUCUUGAUCACCAAAACGCAGUAAUAAUCACUGUGAAUCGGUCCUCCAUCCAUGGCGACGAGCCCUAAAGAACACAUCGAAGAGAUUCGCAGAAGCAAGUUCUCAAUCGGAGGAAAGCCCAACCCUCUGACGGAAGACCUUCACCAAGCCGUCAAAAACCUCUCCGCCGAGCUCUACUCCAAGGAUGUCCACUUUCUCAUGGAAGUCGUCCAGAAUGCCGAGGAUAAUGAGUACGAGGAUGGAGUGGAGCCGAGUCUGGAAUUCGUCAUCACCUCCAAGGACAUAACGGAGACCGGAGCCCCAUCCACUCUGCUGAUAUUCAACAACGAGAAGGGGUUCUCCCGUAAGAACAUUGAAUCCAUUUGCAGCGUCGGCCGUUCCACUAAGAAAGCCAACCGCAAGAGCGGCGGCUAUAUCGGGGAGAAAGGGAUUGGGUUCAAGAGUGUGUUUCUUAUCUCUGCCCGGCCCUACAUUUUUAGCAAUGGAUACCAGAUUCGAUUUAGCGAGGGUCCUUGCCCUCAUUGCAAUGUUGGCUAUAUUGUCCCAGAGUGGGUAGAUAAGAACCAAAUUCUUGCACGUGUAAAACAAAUAUAUGGCUCAUCAUCUAGACUCCCCACCACAACUAUAGUAUUGCCACUAAAGUCUGACAAGGUGAAACCUGUAAAGGACCAACUUUCAAGUAUUCAUCCUGAGCUCCUUUUAUUCCUUUCUAAGAUAAGGCAGCUUUCAGUCAGGGAAGAUAAUGAGGAUCCAAAGCUUAAUACCGUGAGCGCGAUAUCCAUCUCAAGCGAGAGAGAUCUUGUGAAGAAGAAAAACAUUGAUGCUGAGUCCUACCUGCUAAUUCUCUCGGCUGAUGAAGAAAAGGUGGGUAGAGCAGCGGGGCAAUGCAGUUACCACAUGUGGAGACAAAGAUUUCCUGUCACACAAGAGCACCGAGUUGAUAGACGAAUGGAUGUUGAUGAGUGGGUGAUCACGCUUGCAUUUCCAUAUGGAGAACGUCUCAGUGGGGGAAAUAGCUCCCCUGGCAUAUAUGCUUUUCUUCCCACAGAGAUGGUCACAAAUUUUCCGUUUAUAAUUCAAGCAGACUUCCUACUAUCAUCAUCAAGGGAAGCCAUUCUUUUAGACAACAGAUGGAACCAAGGAAUCCUCAACUGUGUUCCAGUGGCCUUCUUAAGUGCAUUCACCACAUUGGUCAAAGACAACCAAGAUGUGCCGGUCAAGACUCUGAUUAAUAUGUUUGGCUUUUUACCUAUUUGUAGCUCUUCAUAUUCAAGUCUCAAUGCAAUAAGAGGUUCAAUUAAAGAAAAAUUGCUUCAGGAGGAUAUAAUCCCAUGUCAGUCAUACACAAGUCAGAAGAUUUUCCGAAAACCAUGUCAAGUGGGUAGGCUACGACCUGCCUUUUGGAGUUUAUUAAGUAAGGCAAGGAAGCAAGGGGUUUCUUUGCACAACAUAUCUUCCCACAGAAUACACAUUCUGAAUUCUGCAUUUGAUCAUGAGGAGUGCAACCACAUUUUGAAUUUUUUGGAAGUGAAGCAUGUCGAAGACGAGUGGUAUUCAAGGUGCAUUCAAAGUUCAGAUCUUGUUUUGGGAGUGUCAGAAGAUCUUUACAUGGAGCUUCUAUUGUUUGUUGCUGAAAAUUGGACACAAUCUUUCUCGAAGACUAAUAUGGUGAAAAUACCAUUGCUGAAGUACGUUGACAUGAAUGGGCAUGAGGCACUGUGUAGCAUAAGUGAUGCUUCCAAGGCUAAUCCAGCAUUGCUUCUGUCCACCGAAUCCAAUCAAGUAUCUUGGCUUAUUAAUUGGAACAAAGAGUUCCGAUGUGUGGAGGGACAUUUCUUUACUGAACCAACACAAGAAGCAUUUCACAGCAGUUCUAAGUGGCAGGGUGUGCUUGAAUGGCUUCUUAGUGAGGUAAAGGUUGACUCUGUUGACGUGCAUGACUAUGCAAUUCUCGCCCGUGACUCACUGAAUCAUGAACGGGAGCUUGUCCUAGCAUACGCUCAUUUCCUAUAUCACUCAUUUUUGAAGCUUUACGUGACUGCUGCACAAGUUACUUCACAUUGCAGUGACAUGCCAAUUAUUGAUGACUACGGGCAGGUGGUAACCGGAAGAAGAGAAGGUCUUGUUGUACCCGCAAAUGGAAGUAAAUGGGUUCAGCUGAUUGGUUCAAAUCCUUGGAAAAGUGAGGGUUACAUUGAGCUUGGAGGAGACUAUUUGCAUUCUCGAAAAUAUGCUGAUGUCCUUACCAAGAAAAAUGAGCUGCUGGAGUUUUUCAAAGCUUAUGCCUGUGCUUUGGAUAUUCCUGACUUGCCUCCUCCAGAAUCUACACUUUCCAGUAUGUCCUCCCCGCUAACCAGGGAAAAUGUGUUCCUGCUCUUGUGUUGGAUUCGUAAUAUUCGGAAGAAUCAAAUUUCAUUGCCGGAGAGGUUCUUGACAUGCAUACAACAUGGGCGUUGGCUUAGAGUCCGUCUAUGUGAUAGUCAUGGAUACAGGGCUCCAUCGCAAUCCUUCUUCCAUUCUUCUUCCUGGGGACAUCAUUUGCAGAAUGGAUCUGUACGUAUUGAUAUCCCAUUAGUUGAUAAGGAUUUCUAUGGUGACACUAUAGACAAUUAUCAGGAAGAGCUGAGAACAGUCGGUGUCAUGUUUGAAUUUAAAGAAGCAUGCCAAUUUAUUGGGAACCAUUUUAUGUCUAUGGCAUCUUCUUCUUGUUUAAAAAAAUCUGAUGUAGUUUCGAUUCUUAAUUUCAUUAGAUACUUGAGGGAUAAGUAUUUUUCACCAGAUGACUUUAUCAACAGCAUUAAAGAUAGGUGUUGGUUGGAGACCACAUUAGGCAAGAGGAGCCCUGGGAAUUCAGUUUUCCUUGAUAACGAAUGGGCUGCUGCCAUACAGAUCAGUGACAUCCCAUUUGUUGAUCAAAAUUAUUAUGGUCAGGGUAUCAUAGCUUUCAAGGAAGAGCUCAAGUUACUUGGUGUCUCCUUUGGUUUCAAUCAAAACUAUCAGCUAGUUGUUUCCAACUUGAAACCCUCAGAAAUGUUGAGCUCACUAAGUGCUGAAGCAGCUCUCUUGGCAUUAGACUGUAUCCAUCAGCUAAAUUUGAAUUCUUCAGAUAGACUAUGCAGUGCACUAAUGGGAAACAAAUGUCUAAAGACGGUGAAUAAUGGAUACAUGUCUCCUGCUGAAUGUUUCCUACCUGGCCCAACCUGGGGUUGCCUUCUUGAGGUUUUUGACGACUUCCCCCUUAUUGAUGAAAAUUUUUAUGGAAGCAGAUUACUGGAGUUCAAGAAGGAACUGUACAAUUUGGGAGUGACAUUUGAUUUUGACAUGGUCAUUGAAUCAUUCUGUCAAGUUUUUAGGCAGCAUACGUCUAAAUGUGCUUUGACAAAGAACACUGUACUUUCUCUCCUUCAGUGCUGUAGGAAAUUAAAAGCAGAAGGAAUCAAUUUGUUAUACUAUAUCAGGAAAUAUAUUCGCGAGGCAAAGUGGUUGAGAACUCGACUUGGAGUUGCCAGCAAACCGGAAGAGUGCAUUUUGUUUGGUCAUGGCUGGGAGCCAAUUGCUUCGGUCACUCUCUUACCAUUUAUAGAUGAUGCUUAUUAUGGACAGGAUCUUCACGAGUACAAAACAGAGCUUAAUAGUAUGGGUGUUGUGACCACUUUCAGAAAAUGCUCAAGAUUUGUGCCUGCAACCCUCCGUUUACCUCAGGACCCUACUCGUAUAUCACCUUCUGCCACGUUUUCACUGUUGCUGUGCAUGAAGAAUUUCCAAAAGGAUCUGGAUGAGGAACUGAUCCGUGCACUCAGGGAAAGACUCGAUCUGAAGUGGAUCAAGACACAAGCCGGCUACCGAUGUCCAAAAGAGUGUUUGCUAUUCGGUCCCGAUUGGAGUGGAAUCUUGAAGCAAGAGGACGGACCAUUCAUUGAUGAAAAGUUUUAUGGUCCCGAGAUUUUUUCAUACAGAAGAGAACUGGAAGGUUUGGGGGUGGUGUGUGAGGUUGAAAAAGGAUGCUCAUUGAUUGCUGGCUACCUUGAGCUGCAUUGUAAUCGCACGACUAUCAACAGGAUAUAUUCAUACUUGCUAAGUAAUGGUUGGUUUAAUAACCAUGAAGUGGCGAAGACUACAAAUAUAUGGAUACCCAGUGGAGAGAAUAGCGGGAAGUGGGCUACUCCUCAAAGCUGUGUCUGUCAUGAUAAAACAGGUCUUUUCGGUUCACAGCUGUUUAUUUUAGACAAGUACUAUUCUGUCGAUUCACUGUGUUUCUUUGCCAAAUUGGGAGUUAGAAACAGUCCUGGUAUGGUGGACUAUUUCAAGCUUUGGAAAGCAUGGGAGUGUGCAGAAAGGAGACUGUCCCCUUCUGAGUGCUGCGCCUUUUGGGAGUUUGUAGUGAAGCACUGGACCUCAAGUGCACAAAAGUUACUCCAAGAGAAUUUAUCAAAAAUCCCAGUUUGUUCAAGUUCAGAUGGGGUUCUGUUGCUUAACAAAGAUGAUGUUUUUAUUGCCGAUGAUCUCUGCUUGAAGGAACUUUUUGAACAGAGUUAUGACCACCCGCUGUUUGUUUGGUACCCGGAACCGAGCCGACCAUCAUUGCCCCGAACCAAGCUUCUCAAUAUCUACAGAGAGGUUGGAGUUAAUGCUUUGUCAGAAACCGCCCAUUGCAGGGAGCUUUCAUCAGUCGAAUCUACUGGACUGGAAAAGGUCAAUCCAGAAACGGUCUAUAUUGGGAAAAAUAUGUCCAAACUGAUUCUUGGUUUUCUAGCUCAACCUUCUCUUGAGAUGGAAGCAAAGCAGAGGCAUGACUCUUUAAGGAGACUCGUCAAUGCCAGUUUUUUGAAAAUGGAAGAACCCAUCCCCGUUGAGUACAAGCUGCCACUUUCGUCCGGGAAAACUCUGACUGCUAAAACAAGCAGAAUGAUGAGGUGGGAGAGAGAAAGCUCCCAAUUCUUCUUCACAGAAGUGAAGGAAUCAGACGGUUAUAGAGGCAUGCUUGAGUUUGCUACACAUUUCUCAGAAGUAGUUUCGGAGGGGAUUUUAUGGGAGGAUGAAGAUGAGGUGCAGGAACUUGCUGAGCUGAUCAAGCUGGGCUACAUGGUGAAGUUCGACGAGGAGUCUAUCAAUUUCUUGAUGAAGUUAAAUAAUCUGCAGAUUUUCAUGGAAGAUGAACACUUCAUUUCUUCUCUCUUCCCACUGCGUGAAUAGUUAAUUGUCUAGGUACAUUUCACGUCCCCAAAACGAAAUAGCUGGGAUUAAG